UAGUUACAAGAAAUCUGUUGUGUUUUUUAUUUACAAUACUGUUAUUUUCCAAUAUCAUCCGCAAAUCUAGUUGGUUAAAUAGAUUGACGUUCUGACAAAAUUAAUUAGGCUGCAGGUAUUCGAUUUUUAAACUAUUUUGGAGUACUGCUUUGGAUUUAAAAUUAACCAAAACAUGGGUUCUAACAAGGGAGAUCCAAAAUAUACUUCCACAUAUAAUAAAUGUAAAAGGGGAAAGAAGAACAUGGGGCCUCAAAGCAAAGUGAAAAGAACAAGAAUAAAAAAAGGGAAAGCUAAAAAAUUGAUCAAGAGAAAUAUGGAAUAUUCAGAAAAUGAAUCUAUGUAUCGGGAGUAUACAAAAAAAUUGGAAACUGGAAAAAUACCAUCGUCUGAAUCCCUUAUUUAUGUAGGAACUUCAUAUAACACAGAAAGUAAAAAUGUUCCUUUAAUAGAUUUGACGAACGAUAACCAACAGCUUGAAACGCUUUAUUUUAACAAAAGAAAUUUCACAAGAAGAUUGCAAUUGAGGAAAUCCUUAGCCACAACUUCUCUAAUAAAUUUACCCACUGUUAGAAAAAUUGUACCUGAAAAGUUGAAUAGCACUUCAACAUUGACCAAACCAAAUAAUAAAUUACAUAUGCUGGACAUUCCAUCACCGUUUUUGAACAAUGAAGAUCUCAUUUUCAAUUAUGAUUCAAAUUUUUGGAACAAGUGUAAUCUUACCGAAAGGGAUAAUAAUCUUAUUCAGUGUCUUCUACAGCAAGAAAACGAACCUAUUGAUAUAAUCGAUAACUUUAGUCCAACUUAUCCAUUCAACAAUUCAAUCAAUUUAUCUCUUGAAGGUUUGAUGGAUUCCUACAAAGUUUCUUCAAAUGACAAUUUUAACUGAGUGUAAUAUUUUAUUUGAUACAAAAAUAUGUAGCCAAGCUAGAAUAAACAUUUUUAUACUGUUUUA